AGGGCGCGCGAGGGAGAGGAGAGGGAGCGAGUUGAGGGAUUGACACAAAUGGUCAGGCGGCGGCGGAGGAGGAGGCGGAGGCGCAGAGGGGACCCGAGGCCGCUGGGCUGCGGUGAGUUGCGCGCUCUACGGGGCCGCGGCCACUAGCGCGGCGCUGCCAGCCGGGAGCCAGCGAGCCGAGGAACAGGAAGGCGGGACACGACUCCAGCGAACCCGAGCCACCAGGGCUGUCCCUGCCGCCUGCGCUUCAUGAAUCGCAAGUUUCCGCGGCGGCGGCGGCUGCGGGACUCAGAGCAGGAGCCGGGGCAGCGGGCCGAGCACAGCUCGGCCUCGACGGAGGGCACCGGCACAGAGAUCUCCCUGGCCGCAGGGGAAGCCGCCGCCGGUACUGCCACUACCAGCCCCAGCGGAGCGCCGCCAAGAAAGGAGCCGAGAAAGUAUGGCUGAGGAGGAGGUGCCUAAGAAGUCCCGGGCCGCCGCCGCUGGCGCAAGCUGGGAACUUUGUGCCGGGGCGCUCCCAGCCGGGCUGGCGGAGGAGGGGAGCGGGGACGCAGGCAGCCGCCGCCGCCCCCCAGCUGACCCCCGGCGCUUGGCGCGCCAGCUGUUUCUGUUGCUUUGGCUGCUGGAGGCUCCGUUGCUGCUGGGGGUCCGUGCGCAGGCUGCGGGCCAGGGGCCAGGCCAGGGGCCCGGGCCGGGGCAGCAACCACCGGCACCACCACCACCCCCACAGCAGCAGCAGAGCGGGCAGCAGUACAACGGCGAGCGGGGCAUCUCCAUCCCCGACCAUGGCUAUUGCCAACCCAUCUCCAUCCCGCUGUGCACAGACAUUGCGUACAACCAGACCAUCAUGCCCAACCUGCUGGGCCACACGAACCAGGAGGACGCGGGCCUGGAGGUUCACCAGUUCUACCCGCUGGUGAAAGUGCAGUGUUCCGCGGAGCUCAAGUUCUUCCUGUGCUCUAUGUACGCGCCGGUGUGCACAGUGCUGGAGCAGGCGCUGCCGCCCUGCCGCUCCCUGUGCGAGCGCGCGCGCCAGGGCUGCGAGGCGCUCAUGAACAAGUUCGGCUUCCAGUGGCCAGAUACGCUCAAGUGCGAGAAGUUCCCGGUGCACGGCGCCGGCGAGCUGUGCGUGGGGCAGAAUACGUCCGACAAGGGCACCCCGACGCCCUCGCUGCUACCGGAGUUUUGGACCAGCAACCCCCAGCACGGCGGCGGAGGGCACCGCAGCGGCUUCGCGGGGGCCUCGGAGCGAGGCAAGUUCUCCUGUCCGCGCGCCCUCAAGGUGCCCUCCUAUCUCAACUACCACUUCCUGGGGGAGAAGGACUGCGGCGCGCCUUGUGAGCCGACCAAGGUGUAUGGGCUCAUGUACUUCGGGCCCGAGGAGCUGCGCUUCUCGCGCACCUGGAUCGGCAUCUGGUCCGUGCUGUGCUGCGCCUCCACGCUCUUCACGGUGCUCACGUACCUGGUGGACAUGCGGCGCUUCAGCUAUCCAGAGCGGCCCAUCAUCUUCCUCUCCGGCUGUUACACGGCCGUGGCCGUGGCCUACAUCGCCGGCUUCCUGCUGGAGGACCGGGUCGUGUGUAAUGACAAGUUCGCUGAGGACGGGGCGCGCACUGUGGCGCAGGGCACCAAGAAGGAGGGCUGCACCAUCCUUUUCAUGAUGCUGUACUUCUUUAGCAUGGCCAGCUCCAUCUGGUGGGUGAUACUGUCUCUCACCUGGUUCCUGGCGGCCGGCAUGAAGUGGGGCCACGAGGCCAUCGAGGCCAACUCGCAGUAUUUUCACCUGGCCGCCUGGGCUGUCCCGGCCAUCAAGACCAUCACCAUCCUGGCGCUGGGCCAGGUGGAUGGCGAUGUACUGAGCGGAGUGUGCUUCGUGGGGCUUAACAACGUGGAUGCACUGCGUGGCUUCGUGCUGGCCCCGCUCUUCGUGUACCUGUUCAUCGGCACCUCCUUCCUGCUGGCCGGCUUCGUGUCGCUCUUCCGCAUCCGCACCAUCAUGAAGCACGACGGCACCAAGACGGAGAAGCUGGAGAAGCUGAUGGUGCGCAUCGGCGUCUUCAGUGUGCUCUACACGGUGCCCGCCACCAUCGUCAUCGCCUGCUAUUUCUACGAGCAGGCCUUUCGGGACCAGUGGGAGCGCAGCUGGGUGGCCCAGAGCUGCAAGAGCUAUGCCAUUCCCUGCCCUCACCUGCAGGCGGGCGGAGGCGCCCCGCCGCACCCGCCCAUGAGCCCAGACUUCACCGUCUUCAUGAUCAAGUACCUCAUGACGCUGAUCGUGGGUAUCACGUCGGGCUUCUGGAUCUGGUCUGGCAAGACGCUCAACUCUUGGAGGAAGUUCUACACGCGGCUCACCAAUAGCAAACAGGGGGAGACCACUGUCUGACGUCGGGGGCGCAGCUCAUUCCCAGCCCUGGCCAGACAGCCAGCCCGGUGGCGUCCAGGCCAAGCCCGGCUGCUCCGGCUUGCUCACUAGACACACUUUCGCAGGCUCCUAAGCACACAACAGCUCCUGCGAAAGCUUCCGUCCCUAUGGCAGAGUAGUGCCCGACCGCCAGAGGGGGGAUGGACCGACCUCUUGCCCUCACACUCUGGUACUAGGAUUGUGUGCUUUUAUGAUUGUAAAUACCCCGUGUAAGAUUUUUGUAAGUAUAUUUGUAUUUAAAUGAUCAAUCACAUGUUUUUCUUUAUUUUUUUUAAUUAUUUAGGGUGUUUUAACCAUUUCAGGAUUUUUCUUCUUGCCCUUUUCGGAGCACUGCAGGGGAGAUGAACGCAUUGGCAGAGUGCGUUCGAUCGUCCUCCCUCCUCUCCCCUCCGCGGUGCUCGGGCCUGCCAGGGAGUCCGCUCCGGGCGAGUUCGGCGCUGCGGGCGCGCCGGGGGCGGGGGCCUGCGCCGAGUCACCGCCCGCCUUCUCCACUGCCGCCGCCUUUCCUUUCCUUGCUUCGGGUAGGGGCUUGUGAGAUAGAGAAGAAGCUGCACCAGGCUUCCAAAUCCGGAGGUGGGCCCCUGCCCAUUCCAGUUCCUCCAGUGUUCAGCGGCAGAUUGGAAAGGCCUGUCCCUUUGACUCCCUGAAGCUGAAUUUUAACUGUCCAGAACCUUUCCCCAAAUUCCUGGGGUCCCAUGGGUGUGGGCGCUGGCAGUUGCAGCCUCCCUUCGAGCUCACAUCUAACGUCCAGGCACUCCCUCCCUCCUUCCCCUCAAGUGGUUAGAGGGUGAGUGGAAUAACCAUUGCCAAACUUUUUAAACUCUGAUUUUUGGUGAAUGAGCUCAUUUCAUUCUCUAGUGUCUAAAACCUGGUAUGGGUUUGGCCAGCCAGCGUCAUGGAAAGAUGUGGUUAAGGAGAUUUGGGAAGAGGCACGAAGCUUUGUGUGGGUUAGAAGAGAGAGAAGGUAGGGGUUAUAAAACGUUAAUUCUAAUUGCAUACUGAUGCCUGGCACCCUGCCUUGAGGAAUGAGACAGCCCGCACUCAGAUUUUACCCUUCUGUAAAAUGGAAACGUUGAGGUCACCUGGAAAGUUUUGUUAAGGCAAUGAUCUUUGCUUUCGUUAACAGGACAGUAGUAACAAAAAUUGAAAAAGGAGAUUUCAGUGUACUGGACUUCCUCAAAAUGAAGUUUUAUUUUCUUACUUUUAAUCAAAUAAUAAUCAAACAUAUAUCAGAAGCUUUAAAAAUGUAGAAGUUGUACACUUUGAACAGUUUGAUUGUUAUUCAGCAAAACAUUCUGAGGAACAAUCCACCCUACUAAUAAUAACCCGGUAAGAUUUCAGGAGGUAAAAGCGGGGGGAAAUGGAUGGGGUUAACUCCUGAAAUAAAUCAAAUCUGAGCAUGCAUGCUAAAGGGAGACUGCUGCGGUCUACUGCUUUCAAUCCUGUGUGCUCCUUUUUUGGGUUUACAGAAAUAUGUCAAAUGUACAUCUUUCAAAGCCAUUUUAGUUCUCUGUGAAGGAGAUGAGCAGUCCUCCUGAUUGUAUUGUUUUGAACUUUGAGAGUUUAUCAAAAUGCCGGUAGUUAGGACCUAAAUUUAUCUAUGUCCGUCAUACCCGAAAAUGACAUCGGUCUUUGAAUUUGGUAUGCAUUUAUUCUGUUCACGAUCACAAAAUCAUCUAUAUUUAUAGAGGAAUAGAAGUUUAUAUAUAUAUAUAAAAUACCAUAUUUUUAAUUUCGCAAAUAAAAAAAAAUCAAAGUUUUGUAC